AUUGUUCCGGCCAUUUUUGUCCGUUCUUUGCAAUUUUUCGCUUCAAAAACUGCCGCCAUAGGCAACAGCUUUACUUCAAACAAGUCUCGAUCUUCUAACCUAUUCAACCUGUCGUCCGUAAGUAGUUCCGGCUCUUCCUCCUCCCAGAGGAGCGACAAUGGAGGCGAGGGUGAAGCUUUGAAUUCGGCACAAGACAUCGAAUAUUGGCUUCAAAGAUGUUCGAUAUGUUUCGAUGCCCAGCUUGAUUUCUGUCUGGAUCUUUGCAGAGACCAAUUCUGUAGAGAUUGUUUUCAAAGGUACGUCAAAGAAGUGGUCCAAAACUCUUGGGGACUUAGCAUCACAAAGAUCAAGUGCCCGGUUUGUCAAGAUGUAGUUUUGCAAUCAGAGUGGAGUAAGUAUGUGGAUCAAAGCACGAUUGAUCUUUACAACACUUACAACAAACCAUACCGUUCUUUCUCUCGAUGUUGUUCUGAGUGCGGUGAAGAAGUUUUUGCCGCUCAGGUGUUUCAAGUUUGUGCCGAAGAAAAAGAAAAAUAUUUCAGAGAGAUAGCUAUUCUUCUUCGCAAGUAUUUGGAUGUAUACGGGACUGUUAAAAGCACAAAGGGAAAAAGUUCGAUGGCGCAAAGUAACACAGAUGCUUUCCUCGAAAGGUACCAGAGAGAUUACAUGGCAUAUAUUUCUGGUGAAAACCCCAAUAUCGGUGUGAUGGAGAUGUACGAAUAUGUCGCCAAGAAAUUAUGUGAGAGUCUUGGCAUGAGUUUGGAUUCAAAUAAUCGCCGACCUUCUACAAAAUUCACACGGCGUAAGCUUAAAAUUCACACUGAUAUGGUUAAAUCUGCCGCCGAAAUCUCUUCAAAGAUUGUAGCCCUGGAGGUUAGGCCCGACGCAUGGAAAGAAUUGCAAUUCAUGCAUGUGGCAAACUUCCCUCAAUCUCAUUGUACUCGUUGCAACAAUGAUAUAUGUCUCCAAUGCGGUGAAUCCACUCAUCACCCUGGAAUGACAUGCAUCCAAUUCAUGCGUUACAAAGUUGCAAAUCCACAUUUGUUCGUGUCAAAUCAACAUUUUCCUUGUCAUGUGCAUAACGACACGCUGGACGCGCUCGAAAACAUCAAAUGGAAACUUGCAAACUCGAAAUCUUGUCCAAAUUGUUCUAUACUUAUCAAUCGUGAUGAUGGGUGUAAUAAGGUGGAUUGUUUGCAUUGCGGUUAUAGAUUUUGUUGGAUUUGCAGGAAUGGUUGGUCAGAAAAAUGUGGGUUUUAUCAAUGUAGAAUGACUAAGCAAAAGAAGAGCAGGAACAAGGAAAGGCAUCCUUCAACCCGCAGGUCUCAUGGAGGAACAAUAAUACAACAACAACUGCAAACCGAGUUGCUAAGGAACAAUGACACCAAUGAAACUGGUGGAUUACAGGAACUUCGAGAUAACGAAGAUGUAGAGAUGCAAGAAUCUUCUCAAAAUACCGAAG